AUGCCUGCCGACCAUAAAAAUUCCCAUACCAAAACAAAGCGGGUGCCGCGUCAAACAACAACGAAACCCAGUUAUUACGAGGGAGAGUCGUCAGACGGUGACCAAACUCAGGACCAUGAUAUUAUAAUGCAAGACACGAUUUUGGAUGGUAGUGACUCACAGUUUGCCGUGGAAACUUUAAAGACAGAAGAAGAUGAGGCAAUUAAAGGAAUCAAGCCUGAGCGUGAAGAUGCAGAAUCUUCAGCAACAAACUCUCGUGCACAACUUGACCAUGAUACUUUAAAAACCCGACAAACCAUACAACUCCGGUUACAGGCCUUAGAAGCGGAGUUCAAAAAGAAACGUGAUGAGAUAUUUAAUGAACAAUUAAAACAUAUCGAUGAAGAAAUCAAGGCUGUGCGAGAAGGUACACAUCCCGAAUUCGAAGAACGCCUGCAACAAAUUAUUGAUAAGCGAGAGCAAAUGCUCGAGCAGCAUGCAUUGGCAUUAAGUUAUCAACGUCAAUGUAUACAAAAAGAAUAUGAAGCUGAAACACAACGUCUUGAAGAAUCUUAUCAGGCGCAACGUCAAGCAGUCAAUGACAGAUUAAUUGCAGAAGUCGAAGAAAGAAAAAGAAAACUUUCAGAAGAUUAUGAAAGUUAUGACAUACAUAAUGAUGUUGCUAUGGACGGCACUAUGAGGACUCAUACACAACGAAGAUUGCGUACCAGGACGACACAAGAGGUUGAAGUUAAAGUAAAGAAACAAAAAAUUGCCGUACGACCUUCCGUGUCAUGCAAGCUAUGUGACAAUGACAUUAAUGAAGACUUGGCUGAAAUAGGCUUGGUAGAGACUGGUUUACCGUUUAUUUGUUGCUGCAUUUACGCGUUAUAA